AAAAAUUAUAAUUGUAAUAUUAAUAGUAAAAGCAAUAUUUAUUUAAAUUUUUAGAUAAUGAAAACGGAGAAUUGUGUAAUAGUUAUCCAAAUUUGAUUGUUGUACCAAAAAGACUAAAAGAUGAAGAAAUAACUUCAAUAAAAUAAUUUCGAUCUAGAUAAAGAAUUCCAGUAUUAUCUUACGGAUUUAAAAAUACUAAAAAGAAUAAUUAAAUAACUACUCUAUGGAGAUGUGCUUAAUGCUUAAGUGGAAUAUUGUCUAGAAAUUUACAAGAUGAAUAAUUAUUUAAAUACAUAGGUUAAACAUCUAAACAAAAUAUAAAUGUACAUAUAUAUGAUGCAAGACCUUAAAUAAAUGCACUUGUAAAUAGAGUAUAAGGGAAAGGUUACGAAAAUACAGAUUAUUAUGAUAAUUGCUAAUUAAUAUUUUUAGGAAUUCAUAAUAUACAUAAAAUGAGAUAUUCAUAUAUAGAAAUGUAAAAAGCAACUAGAGAAAUAGAUUAGAAACAGUAUCUAAUCAAUAUACAAUUAACAAGUUGGUUAGAGCAUAUAUAAGGAAUUUUUAGUGGAAUUAAUAGAAUAGUUAAUUCAUUAAUUUAAGGGAUAAAUGUAGUUGUUCAUUGUUCAGAUGGAUGGGAUAGAACAGCUUAAUUAGUAAGCUUAAGUUAAAUUUUAAUAGAUCCGUAUUAUAGAACAAUCAAAGGUUUUUAGAGUUUAGUAGAUAAAGAAUGGAUUUGUUUCGGACAUCAAUUUUUUCAUAGAUUAGGGCAUGGAUAGAAAAAUAUUGAAGGAGAGUUUUCUCCUAUUUUUAUUUAAUUUCUUGAUUGUGUACAUUAAAUUAUUUUAUAAUUUCCACUUUCUUUUGAAUUUAAUUAGAUUUUUUUAGUUGAUAUUGCUUUUCAUUUGUAUAGUUGUAAGUUUGGAAAUUUUCUUUGUAAUAAUUAUCAAUAAAUGAAAUAUAAUUAAGUUUUUGAAGAAACUGAUUCUUUAUGGGUAUUUUUAAAUAAUUAAAAAGAAAAAUAUUUAAAUCCUUUUUAUUUAAAUGGAGUAAUUGAUGAUAUUCUUAUUGUUGAUAUUUCUAUUAAUAAUUUUAAAGUUUGGGAAUAGUAUUUUUUUUGUUAUCAUAAAGAGCUUUUAGACAAAUAUAAUAUUUUUCAGGAUAAAUGCAAAUUUAAUUAGUAAAUUUUUAAUUUAUUUAUAUUUAUAUUUAAUAAAAGAGAUAAUAUUUAUGAAUUGCAUACUUAAUAAAUUUAAUAAAAUUAAAGACUAAGUAAAGAAAUUAUGUAGAAAAAUAAAUAACUGGAAGAUUUUGAAAGAAUGAAGAAAUAAAAUAAAGAAUUAAUUGAAAUUGUUAAAAUUUACGAAAAUAUAUUGGAUUAAUAAAAUCUUAAUUUUAAUGACAUUUAAAAAUAUAAAUCUGAAUUGGAAAAAUUUGCAAAUAAGAUAAAAUAAAAUUAACUUUAAGAAGAAUAUGAAAUUAUAGAAAAAAAAUAAUGA